CGCCUAAGACGUCAAGACAUGCUCCGCAGAUAUUCAUUUUGCACUGUUCAAUCUAUCGCUAGAGGAGACAACGUACCAUACGCAUACAGGCACAGUCGCGCUACUCUAAGGAAGGAAUCUCACCUAUAUACGAUUGCCCAUGGCGAAGCCCUCCAGCAUGCCAGCGGGCAUCAAGCCCAAGAAUAAGCUCCGCCGACAGGCCGCCUAUCUCGCUAUUCGGAAAGCGAGAGAGUCCGCGAAACGCGACGAGCGCUUCAAGCGCAAGCGGGAGGAAGCGAAAGCUCCGGAGUUGCGCGAAGAACGUCUUGCAAGGAAUAUACCCGCGACCAUUGAUAGCAAAAGGACAUGGGACGAACAAAUUGGCGACGAGGAGGAUGCGUUAGGUCUUGCCGUGGACGUUGAGAGGCUUGCGAAGAAGAGAAAGCUGGAGCAGGAAGCGGCAGAAAGGGCAGAAAAUGGAGAAGAACAGGAUGGAGAGGAAGGGACAUUGGCAAAGUUGAAGAGGCGGGACCAGGAAGACGCUGAGGCUUCCGAAGAUGAGGAGGAGGAAGAGCACGACAGCAUGCUGGACUCGGACUCAGAAGACGAAGGAGGAUUUGGCUCUGAAUCAGAUUCUGAAGCAGAGCGGUCAAAGUCAAAACGAAAACCAGAGCCGCCGAAGCGCGCAGCGAGUCCGGCGGCAUCCACAGCGACUAACCUAGAGCUCUCUCCCGAAUUUCUUAAACAAAAAUUCCCAGCCUUGUUCGAUCCGCCCGCGGAACCUAAAAUCCUCGUAACCACGUCAAUAAACUCAACGCUUCACCACGAAGCACAAAUAGUCGCGUCUUUCCUCCCCAACAGCACAUAUAUCCGGAGAAGCGCUCACGCCCAUGCGCACAAAUACUCCGUCCGAGAAAUAGCGCAGUUUGCCACGAACCGCGGAUAUUCGUCUUUGGUAAUCCUGAUGGAAGACCAGAAGAAGCCUGCGGGUCUGGACGUCGUAACUCUGCCAUCAGGUCCGCAUUUUCACUUCACAAUCACGAACUGGGUAGAGGGCAAGAAACUGCCUGGUCAUGGAAACCCCACAGGCCAUAUUCCAGAACUCAUCUUGAAUAACUUCAAAACUCCGUUGGGUAUGCUGACAGCAUACCUCUUCAAAUCCCUCUGGCCUGCAACACCCCAGAUCGAGGGUCGGACGGUCAUCACACUCCACAAUCAGCGAGAUUACAUCUUCUUCCGACAGCACAGAUACAUUUUCCGCGAGAAGAGGGCUACGGAGAAAUCCAUCGUCGGCACAGAUGGCAAAAUCGUCAAAGGCGUCGAGGAUAUCAAGGCCGGUCUGCAGGAGCUAGGCCCGAGAUUUACUCUGAAGCUCAGGAGAAUAGACCGAGGCAUCCAGUUCAAGAGCGGGCAGGAAUGGCAAUGGAAGUCCAAGAUGGAGAAGCAGAGGACAAGGUUCAAUAUGUAGGGGGUAGAACUUGGAGAUGCAAGCACCAAAUGCAGCAAAAUACCCAAUGUCCGUCAUGCCGCUGCUAUUUCCUAUCAUCUCGCCAACAAUGUGAGUCUGUUAGGACAUAGUGUGACUCGAUAGGUUUCUCCUGAUGCCUCAACUCCAGCGCCAACUCUCGCAAUCAACAUCACAACCAGCUUCUCUCUCUGCAUUUCUGGAACCCCAAACCCUUGCUGCAUAUUUCCUAUAACUACAAGGAACUCAGUCAAACUCUGUCCUCCCGCACGCUCCCAGAAUCACACAUGGGAAGCCUCGGUAUGUUCGUCAAAUGCAAUCGCUCGUGAACAUUGCAGCACUGGGACUCUCAAUCUCUGUGGUACAACGCUUAACGCCCUACUUCCAGAAAAGAAAAAGCGCUAGCAGGCCAACCAAGCACGUAAAAGCAGA